AUGGAAGUUAAACUGACCCCAGAGCAACUUGAAGAUACCAUCACCGCUCUUAAAACUGACAAGAAGAAACGAACCAGAGGACAACUAGAUACCAUCAUGAGUUAUCUCAAGAAACUUCCUCUAUUUGAGGAAGACAUUAGUGAUCUGAACAGCCAGAGAGGGUUAUACCACACCCUUAAUGCUCUUGCGCUCAACAUCCAGUAUGAAAAAUGAGAAAAAGGUCAGAUAGCCAUUGAAUACGAGAGCACAGGAAAGACCUUCUAUAUUAUUGUCAAAGGGAGUGUGACGGUUUAUAUACCUGACAAUAGGCCCAACAUUUCUCGAAUAGUCACACAGAGGCGAGCAACCUUCAAAACAUCUCUCGAACAACAUGAGGAGAUGAAGUUCAUAGAUAUGGGCCAUCUCGGCCCAGGAAGAAAUUUUGGAGAAAGAGCUUGACUUACUGGUAAACCCAGGAUGGCUAGGAUUCAAUGCAAUGAGGAAUGCCACUUCGCUAUAGUUAGGAGGAAUGACUACAGGACUAUCAUAGGGGCUCUACAUCAGCAAAAAUAAAACUGCGCUUGCUGAAUUUCUUAAGCAGAUGCCAUUUAUUUCUCAUUGGUCAAUAACUCACCUGAGUAAGCUCAGUGAGAUUGUUGAGAAAACUGCACUUAUUAGGAACCAGUAUUUGAUUAAAGAAAAAGAACCUCUGAAAUAUAUCUACAUUAUUCGGUCAGGAGAGUUUGAAACUUUCAAAACCUUCCCUAAAGUUGACCAAGAGCUUAAGAAGCGUGACUAUGACCAGAAAGUGCUGAAGCCAAUGCUAAGGGUAUCUAGACUGUGCAGUCCUCAGGCCAAAAAGAAUCACAAAAAUGCUCUUACAAAUGCACUUUUCGUCUCGCCAAGGAUGAAAAUCUUCUUUAAUCUCCCUAAAACUAGAAGGAUUAGUUUAGGAUCUCUGAGUAAAGGACAAAUAGUCUCCGAAAAUGAUGCGCAUGGCUCAAAAAUAUCUACAGUGGCUGUAAAAUGACGUUCCUCAGCUGGAGAAGUCUAUCGUAUAGCUAUGAAUGACUUUCUUUCUUACCUAAAGCGUGAUCCAGAUGCAUGGCAAAAAUUCUCAGAGCAUUCUAAGGCUAAAGACAAAGAGAUUAUUGCUAGAGUAUCAAAUUACCGCAAACAAUUCCGAAAUUUCAGCUCAAAAUAAUCGUUUACAACCAAAGAAUCUUAAAUCCUUCUUGAGGAAUUUGAACCCGAAUGAGCUGGAUGUUCGUAGGACAAUGAGAGAGAUUGUCAAGAAUAAGAAUAACAGCUUUACUAAUAUGGAAACUAAGACUAUGAAUUCACAAAUCAGAGAGAAACGAAUGUCUCUCUUUACCACUCAAGCCAGCUUUAGGAACCUCCAUACAAGUGAAAAGAGGCUAAGAACCUCUAUGAAAAGGAGCAGACAGAAAAGGAAAACCCUUCUAAUGGCAAGGACUAGUCGAAAUUUUGCAGAAUUUGAUAAUUAAUCAUCAAUAGUCUAACUUCAAAAACUCCAAAGGCUAUAAAAAGAGAAUACUGGU